UGGAUCGCAAGCAAAUGGGGGAGAGAGAGAGAGACGAAGGAAGGGGGGUGUCUCAGGUGCAACAUCGACUUCAGGUAGAGACAAAAGUUAGGCGUCUUUUCUUUCUUUCACGACGGUGAUAAACCGCCGUUGCAAGAACAAAAUAUAUAUUUAUAUAUAUACACAAGCGUGUAUAUAUAUAUAAAUAUAUAUAUAUAUAUAUAUAUAUAUGUAAUAUAUACAUUGUGUAUAUCGAAAUAUCGAACUUAACAUUCGUAAUUAUUCUAACCCUUGUCGUGGAUAUUAAACGUAACAGUAUUAUAGAUACGAAGACUUGCAUAUCUGGAGUUUAAUUAACCAACCAAAGGAUAUAUAAUAUACAAUAUAUAUAUGUAUAUUGUAUCACAGAUAUAUACAUCAUAUAUAUAAAUAUGUAUCGUAUAUAUAUUAUAUAACUGUACGUAUACAUAUAUAUGACAACAUAUAUGCGUACGUAUGUUUAUAUAUACACCUGUACUGUUAUAAAAAUCCUGGAAAAAUCUAAAUUGCUUGAAAGAGCUUAACUGCCACCGGAUAAUGAUCCUAAUCCAGCAGAGAUAAUCAGCGUAUAAUCUACUUGCAAAUACCUGCUGUUCAAACUGAUUAAUAUCAAAGGAAAACGUAUGCACAAACAACAUAAGAAUAGAUCUUAUAAGAUCUACAUAAAUACAAAUCUUCUAACAUUACACACACACACACACAUAUAAAUACACACACACACACAUAUAUAAAUACACACACACACACACACAUAUAUAUAUAUAUAUAUAUAUAUAUAUAUAUAUAUAUAUAUAUAUAUAUAUAUAUAUAUAUAUAUAUAUAUAUAAUCACAACCUAUAUAUUAUGCAUAUUCAUAAUUAUCUAUUUCCAUCUAUACUAAAAAUUACCCCUCCAUAACACACAUACAUACCCUACACAGCACACCAAUUGUUAUAUUAAAUAAAGACCAAACCUUACAUAUAUAUAUAUAUGUACGAAUGUAUAUAUAGAGGCCUCCAACAUUAAUCAAUAUUAAAAAAAAAGGUAAAAAAAAAAAAAAAAAACAUGAUUGUGUAUAUUUCGGCCUCGGCUAUUUUGACAGUGGUGGCCACAGGUUUGCAGUUUGUUGGACUUUUCCUGCCAACCUGGUGGCGAUCGGUAGUAGAGGACCACAACUUGCAGAUUUAUUAUUACUUUGGAAUCUGGAAAUAUCCAUGGAAAGCAGAAGUGUGCCAGGAGGAUAAGUGCCAUGAAGUGCCAUAUACGACCCUCAUGACCCCUACUUGGUUAGUAUUUACACGGCUGUUUGAAGUUGCUGGGGCAGGGUUUGGUAUCCUGCUCAUUGCCAUCAUGCUGAUGUGGUUAGUGCUGCUGGGACCGAUGAGGACCAAACAUCUUGUAAUUGCCAGAAAACUAGGGCUGGUCUCUUCCUUCUUGCAAAUUAUCACAGCCAUAUUCAUAAACAUAGGAAUCCUAAUAUUGGUAAUAAAGACUUCACCAAGCAGCAUCCUUACUGGAACAUUUCUCUGUGGUCUCAGCUUCAUCUUGUUCUGUAUCGGUGGCGCCUUGUCUUACCACUGUGUCAAACGAAUGCCAACAUCUGGUCAGGACAACCGAACAAACAACCAUGACCCAAGUGUAUCCGUUAUAUCACCACCGCCCUACUGCGACCCGCCACCUUCAUACGAGGAAAUCAUGGGAGCCCACUACAUGGCCGAUAACCCAGCCAUGGUGGUCGAUGCCAAUAUGAGUCCAGAAUUUAACAAACAGCUUGAAGCCAACGGUGAAUUUCCAUCAUCGAGCGAAUAAAGACAAGAAGAGAUAUGUGUGCAAAAAUGAAUACAUGUGUGCCUCCAUGUACAUCCAUGUGCAUAUUAGUAUCUAUACAUAAUAUAUAUACCCACACAUACACGUGUGUAUGUGAGCACAUAGAUGCUUAUAUGAACAUAUACACAUGAUUUCAUAUAUAUAUAUAUAUAUAUAUAUAUAUAUAUAUAUAUAUAUAUAUAUAUAUAUAUACAUAUACAUACAUAUACACACAUAUACACACACAUCCCCACGCACCUAUGUGCACACAAUAUCAACAAAAAAACUCUUGACAAACAUGAGACCCUCUAUGUGUUUGCACAAACUCCUAGAAACAGUAACUAAUCUUCCUCGUAUCAAACCAUAUCAUCUGGAAAAAAGAAAAUUGAUAACCAAAAAAAACAAAACAGGGUGGUCAUAGCUGGAAUGCUUUUCAUCAUACAUCUGAUUGAUCUAAGCUGAUAGAUCAAACAGCAACAACAGACUAUGAUAAUAUAAUAAUAAUUAUUAUUAUUAUUAUCAAAAACAAAAAAAAUAAGCAAUCAUUGAACUGCAUCUUGAAGAAAGAGAGUAACACAAAAGACCAAGUCUUCAGUUGUGCAACAGCAAUGAUUGCAUGCACACAUACACAUAUAUAUACACAUACUAAUAUA